AUGUAUCAUAAGAAUUUGUUGAUCACCCAGGUAGAACAGUUAAGCUAUCAAAAAGAGAAAAAAGUAGAUUAUCAAGAGUUGAAAAGCACAAAAUACGAGCAAACGAAAACUGCUUCAGAAGAUAUGCGAUCUGAUAGAAUGAGGCACGUGCUGCUGAAUGGUGUUGUCAAUACCAAUAAAAAGCCUUAUUCAUUUAACAGUGGGCUAAUAUCUAGUACUAAUGAUGAAACGUUAUCCAAAUUAAUUGAAAAACUCUCAGCAGAAGAUACGUUGAAUGAAGAAUUCACGUUAAUACCAACUAAGCGAAUGUCGGCUGGUGUUUCUACUAGUCAAAAACCUGAAAAUUCUAAGCGUAAUCGGACCCGUUCCAUUGUUCCAUAUGAGGAAAAUCGAGUAAUGUUGCAUUCGACCAAAAAUAAUGCAACCGGAUACAUAAAUGCUUCCAAUGUUCAAAUGCCGAUUGGGAAUCAGAUGCUCCGAUAUAUUAUAGCUCAGGCUCCACUGAAAGAUUUUUUGGACGAUUUCUGGCAAAUGAUUUGGGAAUCCGGAGCACAGUUAAUUGUGAUGCUUUGUGAAGCUGAGGGUGAUGGUGCUACUAGCACACCGUACUAUUGGCCACAAAAAGUGAAAAGCAAGAUGAGAUUGGUGGACUAUGAUAUAACUCUAGUUUCAACAACCUCAAGUAAUAUUUCGCCCCAAACGACAUCAAUUAUAGAAAUUAAAUGUACUUCUAGUGGCGAAAAACGGACUAUUUAUCAUCUGAGAUUUCACAAUUGGCUCACAGGUAGCAUUCCGGAUGAUGAAAAUGCUUUUUUAGCAUUUAUUGAUACGGUAAACAGCGUACGUCGGCAUUUGGAUAACGAGCGGUUAAAAGAGACAGAUUUCGGUGCAUUAUUAACGCAGAAUGAACAAGAACGAUGCAGAAAUAUGAAUCGUGCAAAUCGUGUUGGUGAAAAAAUACAGUGCUCAACUCGUUCAGAAAUAUCAUCGGAAAGCUCAUCAUCACUGAAUACUACUAUAUCGUUAGAUAGCCCUCCACUUGUAAUUCAUUGUUUAUCCGGCGCUCAUGAAUCCGGGGUUUAUUUGCUUGUCGAACUUCUCAUUCAUUCUAUCGAAAAUAAUCUGAGUAUCGAUGUCGGAAAAAUUCUUGAAAUACUUCGUCAGCAGCGAAUGUGCCUUAUCAAAACAGUAUCGCAAUAUCGUUUUGUAUAUUCUGUUCUCAUAAAUUAUUUGGAAAAAUCGAGACUUAUUUAA